CUUUUGGGUUCUCUGCUCUCCGCUCUCUUAUCUCCGCUGAUAACGACAUGAUAUAUUUAUUACAAUAUGACGAAGUAGACGAUGAUGAUGACGAUAGCCAUGGCCUCUCUUUCCACUGUUCUCACAUCAGCAUCGCCAGGCCCAUCCACAUUUGCAGUGUAGCUUCAGUCUCUUCCGAACUGGAAAUUUCAAUAAAUGUUUACCCCUUUGCCUGCCUACCCAGUCACCCAUUUCAGCAGGAGUAUUCAACUCUCGCAUACAAUGGUUGGUGCUAUUAGCUGUAGAGUUGUUAAAGUGUCUUGUUACCUUCAAUGCGGCAGAGAAAAGAGAGAAUUAUCGCCUAACUCUUUGCCAAGACUUCAAGUACGCAAUCAGUAGAAGAUAGCAUAUGCCCAUGAAUUGAACGCUCUUGAUUAAUUACUCUUUCUUUUCUGUAGUGUCUUUAAAACUGGUAGUGAUUUAUCUGUUGCGUUCCUUUUUCUUCCAUGUCUGUAACAGUGUGAUUAUCAAUUGCUCAUUAAAUAAAAAUUUGUUCUGAUUUCAAAAUCUGAACGUACAAAGUGGGACCCUGGAGCCCAAUGAUUAUCUAGAGGUUAAGGAGGAAUAUUAAGAGAGGACAAAAAGGCUAAGUUCACUUCUCUAGUCUUAUCAUGUACAAUUUAUCAGAAAUUGUCUGCAAGAAUUGAGGUUAUCAAUCACUCUUGCAUUUCGUUUCCUUGUGGGAGCUCUACACAUCCAUGGCAACAACAGAGGAAAAUGAGACAUUCAACGGAUGGCCGCUCGGGCUAGAGAUCAUGACCGGGAGACUUCGAGUUAUGGAAAGCAUACAGGCUGCUCCAGCAGAACCAUAUUCCAAUACACACUUGCGCUCACCCAGUUUUUCCUCAUUCACAUCCUCCAACUUUGACACUGAGUCUACAGCAUCCUUCUUCCAAGACCGUAGUGUGUCAUUAGGCAGGCUAAUCGGCAUUCGACCAGGCAAAGGCAAUGGAGACUUUUACUUCCCGAGUAGAGAGGGCAAAUCUGUAAGAGCAGUGAGCUGUGAAGUAUCCAGAGGACACAGACCAGAAAUGUCUCAAGGAAAUUGCAUUCCUCUGCUAGUUGGCACCUUAGAAAAGAUGAGCAGAAGCAAGAGCAUGAAAUUUAAUGGUUAUAAGCAUUAGAAGGGAAUAAACAUGGCUGACAUGAAGCACUUCUGUUUGUUUUGUUCUAUGCUUAUAAGAAUCAAUUGUAAAUUGAACGACUGAUGUUCUAUUUCACAUUCAAAUAGAGCAGCUUUGUUCAUUUUCUUCCUGCUUAACA